UAUAUUUUCCUGGUGAGGGAACGCCUUUACGCACUGUUUACGGAAAGUGAGCAGCUCGUUGUUUGCAUUCGGCAUCAUUCGCGUGUCAGGGCUGCCAUCAUAACAGAUUGUUUACCCUCCGAUAAAUAUUUGCCCAUAUAUCCCCAAUAUUACACACAUUGCGAAUUAAUUAAGUUUCGUUUGCGAUGUAGCGCGCCGGUACUGUUUCGCAUGCAAACAAUGUGCGUGAGUGUGAGCGUUACACGUUCCGAGUAGCAUUAUAUAAUUAUGUAAUAUUGAUGUUUAUAAAAUAAUAUGUGUAAAUAUAACCUUGUUCAAGUCCUGAUUAUAGUCAGAUACAUUACAAAAAUUGAUUUAGAACCUCGCAGUCCAUGAACUACUAGGUGACUAAAAGCCUUGGACAAGUUGCCAACGACUACGAAAAGGAUUGACAUAAAUGACAUUGUAUUUAAAACUGUCACUGGCGCUCUUUGAAAUCAGCUAACCCAGCACUGGAUCAGCCUAGUGAAGUAUGCUCCAUGUUCCCUCCAGUAAAUUAAAGGGAAGACUGUGCCCAUCCAUCAGUGGAACAUGUAUAAGCUAGCAAUGUAAAAUAUAUACAAUCACACCUUAUCAAAUAUUGCAUUGGAAGAAUGCAUCCGGGAUCUUACACAUCAUCAAUCUAGUAAUAGCUACUUUAUUAAUAAACUGCUAAUAUAAUAGAAAUGUAGGAAACUAAAUUGAAACCCACGCCUUAUUAUGGAAAAAACCAUUGACAGUGAACAAAACAAUGUACAACCCUCACGAAAGGCUAGAUAUUGUUCGGAGCCAUUCGUGUUAGUAACUAGAUAUAAAGACUUUGUUAAGGUCUUACCUCGUUGACGUCAGAACAAAAGCCUUAUAGGAUAUUGCCUGUGUGAGUAGGUAUGUAAUCGUAACAGGCAUAUUUGAAUACAUAAUCGUGCGAGAAAUGUCACAGACAUCUGAGCUGUUAACACAAUUAACACAAAUCCCUAUUAUCUUACUCUGGUAUAUAAUCCCGUGCUUCUUCAUAAUCCUCAUAAGCCUUCUGGCUACAGGAUAUUUCGUUAUACCACCAAGAAGAUAUUGAAGUAUUUCAAUAUGGCUUGUGGUAGAACUGUCUUCGUUUGGAUCACUAUAUUGGCGUCUCUGACCUUCAUUUUAGCAGAAGAAGGUUCAGGAGCUGGUCGUAAUGAUAACGCAAACGAACGUAUGUCUUUUUCGUUGCCAACUUUCGGGAUGAGUGGUAGUUUCGGAGGUCUGUCUGGGGGUGGCUUGCCCAACUUCGGCCAAUUCUUGGGCGGUGGUGGAAGCAAUGAUUCAUCAAACCUCUUUAACCAAUUCGUAUCUGCCUUCAGCCAGUUUAUUCCAAGGAAUGGUAGUAGAACACCGAGCAUGGGAAGUAUGGGAAGCAUGCAUAUGGAUGGCUCUCGUCACGCUCGAGACGUUAAUGGGGAGAACAGGGAAGAAAGAGCACAAGGAGAACAAAGUGCACAAGUGGAACAAAAUGAGCAAGGUGCCAAUGGCGACCAUCAAGAUCGAUUGUUCUUCGGAAGCUUCUUCGGAGUUCCCGUAAGCUGUAACUACACGACUCAGCCAGGGACAACGUGCGCUGGUUGCGCGACCCGUCUGGUCUGCCUGCCCGGCAACCGCGGGUACCUGCGCCGCUGCGGCUUCCUGCACCCCUACUGCAACAACGGCCGCUGCUCCAAGAUUGCUGGAUCAGCUUGCUUCACUUCCUCCACCGCUGCUGCCACCACCAACACCGCUGCCACUACUGGCACUACAUAAAUAUUGAGAAUAUUGGGUGCUUUAGAUUGAAUAUGAAUAUGGUUCGAUCACUGGCAGUGCUAGAGACAUUAUUUUUAGUUUUCAAUAAAGAAUGGUAUAUUUAUUAAAAA